AAAAAGCAAACUUUCUGAUUCUCUCUACUCUCCACUCUUUCCCUAGAUCAUCUCUUCUCCAAACACACACACUCUCUCUCUUGAUUCCCUGCUCUCUCCACGCCAAUCAUGGUCUCAGAGACAACGCGAUCGACUCUUAAACUCACCAACGUCCCUCAGACCAUAGUCGCGGACGAACUCCUCCGCUUCCUAGAGCUCCACCUCGGCGCAGACUCCGUAUUCGCCCUCGAAAUCCCCACCUCUCGCGAUAACUGGAAGCCACGCGACUUCGCCCUCGUGCAAUUCGCCUCCCUCGAAGCCAAGUCCCGCGCUCGGCUCCUCUCUUCCCAGAGCAAGCUCCUCUUCAAGUCCCGUAACCUAAGAGUCUCCGAAGCCUACGACGACAUCAUCCCUCGCCCCGUAGAUCCAAUCAAAAGGCUCGACGGCGUCGUUUUGACCGCUGGAUUUCCCGAGGCGGAGGAAGGGAGGUUCUGUGCCCUAGAGAAAUGGGGAGGCGUGAGGUGUUGGGUUGUAGAGGAGAAGAGGAGAGUGGAGCUUUGGGUUUGGGAGAGUGGAGAUUGUUACAAGUGUGAGGUUAGGUUUGAGGAUAUCGUUGAAACUGUUCCCUGCUGCGUCAACGGCGUCUCUGAGAUCAAUGCCUUUCUUCUUAGGCUGAAAUAUGGACCGAAGAUAUAUAAACAAGUAUCAGGACCGAAUAUAGCCACCAAGUUUAAAUCUGAUCGGUACAGUUUCUGCAAGGAGGAUUUUGAUUUCAUGUGGAUUCGCUCAACUGAUUUCUCCCGUGUUAAGUCCAUCGGUACAUCCACUUGCUUUUGUUUGGAAGUGGACAACGGCUCAACGAUGUCUGACAUCUUCUCAAGCUUCCCUUACUAUAGAGAAGACACUUUGAGCCUUACAACAGUGGAUGGGAAUACCUUUGCCUCUGCAAAUCAAAUUGUCCCUCUCUUGAAUACAGCUAAUCUGGGGAUUGAGAUUCCAUACGAGAUCCUUUUCCAGCUCAAUUCGCUGGUUCACGCCCAGAAAAUCAGUCUUUUCGCCGGUUCGGAUAUGGGAUUGAUCAGCAUCCUUUGUGGUUUGAGCUUGGAAACUGCAUUGACGAUCCUCAAGAAACUGCACCAGCAAAGCUCUAUCUGUUAUGAUCCAAUCUCAUUUGUCAAGGCUCAUUCACAAUCCGUGGUUAAGAAGAAGAUGGCGCAUUCCCCUGCAUCAGCCUAUAAGAGAUUGACUGAGCAGAACAUAAUGAGUUGUCAGAGAGCUUAUGUCACACCUUCAAAGAUUUAUCUGUUGGGUCCAGAGCUUGAGACUGCCAAUUACGUUGUGAAGAACUUUGCAGAGCAUGCCUCGGAUUUCAUGAGGAUUACUUUUGUGGAAGAAGAUUGGAGCAAGAUUCCAGCGAAUGCGCUUUCUGUGAACUCAAAGGAAGGCUAUUUUGUGAAACCCUUUAGAACCAACAUCUAUCACAGGGUGUUGUCAGUCCUUGGAGAAGGUAUCACCGUCGGCCCUAAAAAGUUCGAGUUCUUGGCUUUCUCAGCGAGCCAGCUGCGAGGAAACUCCGUCUGGAUGUUUGCUUCUAACGAGAAAGUAAAAGCUGAAGAUAUAAGAGAAUGGAUGGGUUGUUUCCGUAAGAUCCGAAGCAUUUCUAAAUGUGCUGCUAGGAUGGGCCAGCUGUUCAGCGCUUCCCGGCAAACACUUAAUGUCCGUGCGCAAGAUGUUGAGCAGAUUCCUGACAUAGAAGUGACUACUGAUGGUGCUGACUACUGCUUCUCGGAUGGCAUAGGGAAAAUUUCCUUGGCAUUUGCUAAGCAAGUUGCACAGAAGUGUGGACUGAGCCAUAUCCCUUCAGCAUUUCAAAUCCGAUAUGGUGGCUACAAAGGUGUGAUUGCAGUUGACCGCAGUUCCUUCAGAAAGCUGUCUCUGCGUGAUAGUAUGCUGAAAUUUGAUUCCAACAACAGGAUGCUCAACGUGACCAGGUGGACAGAGUCGAUGCCUUGCUUCUUAAACCGGGAGAUCAUUUGCCUUUUGUCAACUCUCGGAAUAGAAGAUACUGUGUUUGAGGCGAUGCAAGAGGGGCAUCUAUCUAUACUGGGGAACAUGCUUGAAGACCGCCAUGCGGCACUGAACGUUCUGCAGAAACUGAGCGGAGAAAGUUCCAAGAAUCUGCUAGUUAAGAUGCUGCUACAAGGAUAUGCACCGAGUUCAGAGCCUUACCUCUCAAUGAUGCUUCGUGUGCACCACGAGAGCCAGCUUUCUGAACUAAAGAGCAGGUGCAGGAUACUUGUACCCAAAGGACGGAUCUUGAUCGGAUGCAUGGAUGAAAUGGGUAUACUGGAGUAUGGCCAAGUGUACGUUCGUGUUACACUGACUAAAGCGGAACUGGAAUCCCGCGAACAGAGCUACUUCCGCAAGAUUGACGAGGAAACAUCUGUGGUGGUUGGUAAAGUGGUUGUGACGAAAAACCCUUGUCUUCACCCUGGUGACAUCAGAGUUCUUGACGCAAUAUAUGAGGUCAAUUUUGAACAAAAGGGAUUUCUAGAUUGCAUCGUCUUUCCUCAGAAGGGAGAGAGGCCACAUCCAAAUGAAUGUUCUGGUGGUGAUCUCGAUGGAGACCAGUUUUUUGUUAGCUGGGAUGAGAAGUUGAUACCGAGCCAAAUGGACCCUCCAAUGGACUACGCUGGAAGCAGACCUCGUAUAAUGGAUCAUGAUGUCACCUUGGAGGAAAUCCACAAGUUUUUCGUUGACUAUAUGAUAAGCGACACGCUAGGGGUGAUCUCAACUGCACAUUUGGUUCACGCAGACCGUGACCCGGAAAAAGCCCGGAGCCAGAAAUGUAUAGAGUUGGCAAACCUUCACUCCAGGGCUGUUGAUUUUGCCAAAACUGGAGCUCCAGCUGAGAUGCCUUUUGCCUUAAAGCCCAGAGAGUUCCCUGAUUUCCUGGAACGGUUCGAGAAGCCAACGUACAUCUCUGGGUCCGUGUUUGGGAAACUAUACCGUGCUGUGAAAAGCACUUUAGCUCAGAGAAAGCCAGAAGACGCUGAGAGAGAGAACAAGAUGGCUUACGACUCAACACUUGAAGCUGCUGGCUUCGAGAGCUUUAUAGAGACGGCGAAAGCUCAUAGAGACAUGUAUGCUGAGAAACUGAGCUCGUUGAUGAACUACUACGGAGCUGCUAACGAAGAGGAGAUUCUGACGGGGAUUUUGAGAACCAAGGAGAUGUAUCUGCAGAGAGACAACCGGAGGUAUGGUGACAUGAAGGAUAGGAUUACAUUGUCGGUUAAGGAUUUGCAGAGAGAGGCCAUGGGAUGGUUCGAGAAGAGGUGCGAGGAUGGACAAGAGAGGAAGAAGCUAGCAUCGGCUUGGUACUAUGUAACAUACAACCCGAGCCAUGACGAUGAGAAGCCGAAAUUCUUGAGCUUUCCGUGGAUCGUAGGAGACGUUUUGCUGGGGAUAAAGGCUGAAAGUGCGGAGAGAGAGACGGAGGGAAUGGUGAUAGCGUGAAGAGCAAGCAUGUGGACUUACUAUAUCUGUUUGGCUACCCUAAUCACUUGUAGGUUUAAUAUAUAGUUUGCUAAGCUAAAACCGCGCGUAUAUGCGUCAGUGUUCUGAGGCAAACCAAAAUCAGGAAGUAGUAACAAAAUUAGUGAAUCUAAUUUUUACAGUUGUU